GUCCUGGCGCGCUCACUUUUCAGUGAUUCAUGGAGAUAGGUAGAAUUGUUUGGACGACUGUAUACAACAUAGUUAUUUGUAUCUAUUCAACCAUAUUAUUUUAUAUAACAGUAACAACUGUUUGUACCGCUAUGCUCUAUCACGAACGCGACGAGAAAAUCCAGUAAAAAAGGAAGAAUACGAGGCCCGCGCCGGAAUAUUCAUUGUAACAUCGACGGCGACAUCAAGAAAGUAGAGGGGAUUGUAACAUAUAAACGGAGCCCUCUGCGACAUAAUUUGAAAUCCCCCGCAGCAGCUCCCUACGUACGUUUGCGUGGACGUGUGUGUGCGUGCAUGCGCAAGGAUCACCAGAAGUAGCUUUGACUUAGUUCGUAACGAGUUUGUAAAGAGAUAGUACAGCAGCAAAAUGGCAGCGAGCGACACGUACGGGGACGACAGCCUCUACCCCAUCGCGGUGCUUAUCGAUGAGCUGAAGAACGAAGAUGUACAGCUACGAUUAAAUUCUAUUAAAAAAUUGUCAACCAUUGCCCUUGCACUUGGUGUUGAACGCACUCGUUCAGAACUGAUACCGUUCCUAACAGAGACAAUAUAUGAUGAGGAUGAAGUACUUUUGGCUCUUGCUGAACAAUUGGGAAAUUUUACACCACUUGUCGGUGGACCAGAUUUUGUGCAUUCUUUACUACCUCCUUUAGAACAGUUAGCAGCUGUUGAAGAAACUGUUGUUAGAGAUAAAGCUGUAGAAUCUUUAAGAAAUAUUGCAGCUCAGCAUAGUGCAGCCGAUCUAGAAGAACAUUUUGUACCAUUAGUUCAGCGUCUUGCUUCUGGUGAUUGGUUUACGUCAAGAACAUCAGCGUGUGGUUUAUUUAGUGUAUGUUAUCCUCGUGUAUUUCAACCAGUUAAAGCUGAGUUAAGGAGUCAUUUUCGUAAUCUGUGUCAAGAUGAUACUCCUAUGGUACGACGGUCAGCUGCUGGAAAAUUGGGAGAAUUUGCUAAAGUUGUUGAAAAUGAAUAUUUGAAAUCUGAUUUAAUUGCAAUGUUUGUUAUUCUGGCUCAAGAUGAACAAGAUUCCGUACGGCUAUUGGCAGUGGAAGCAUGUGUGUGUAUUGCGACACUGCUACAACAAGAGGAUGUCGAACAAUUGGUGAUGCCAACUUUGCGACAAUGUGCGACUGACCAGUCAUGGCGUGUGCGCUAUAUGGUGGCUGACAAAUUUACCGAUCUCCAAAAAGCUGUUGGUGAAGAAAUUACGCGUGCUGAUCUUGUCCCGGCCUUCCAGGUUCUUCUUAAGGAUACGGAGGCAGAAGUUAGAGCAGCAGCAGCCGAUAAGGUUCGCGAAUUUUGUCAGUAUCUUGAUCCAUUCCAUCAAGAAUCGAUCAUCAUGACAAACAUAUUACCAUUCGUAAAAGAACUCGUGGCUGAUCCAAAUCAACAUGUCAAAUCGGCUCUUGCUAGUGUUAUCAUGGGUCUUAGUCCCAUACUUGGAAAAACGAACACAAUUGAACAUCUAUUACCCUUGUUUUUAUCACAACUUAAAGAUGAAUGUCCUGAAGUACGUUUAAAUAUAAUUAGUAAUUUAGAUUGUGUAAAUGAAGUUAUUGGUAUCCAGCAACUAUCGCAAUCACUAUUACCAGCCAUUGUUGAGUUGGCAGAAGAUUCAAAAUGGAGAGUACGACUCGCAAUUAUUGAGUAUAUGCCUUUAUUAGCAGGUCAAUUAGGUGUGGAAUUUUUCGAUGAAAAGUUAAAUUCAUUAUGCAUGACUUGGUUAGUUGAUCAUGUUUAUGCUAUUAGAGAAGCAGCUACAUUAAAUCUGAAAAAGCUUGUUGAGAAAUUUGGUCCAGAAUGGGCACAGAAUACAGUAAUUCCAAAAGUCCUUGCAAUGUCAAGAGAUCAAAAUUAUCUUCACAGAAUGACUUGUUUAUUUUGCAUUAAUGUGUUAGCAGAAGUUUGUGGUCCGGAAAUCACGACAGAAGUUAUGCUUCCGACAGUUUUGACUAUGGCUAAUGACAAUGUAGCAAAUGUAAGGUUCAAUGUUGCUAAAACACUUCAACGGAUUGGACCAUAUCUUAAACCUAAUAUAGUGCAGACACAAGUUAAACCUGUUCUUGAUAAAUUAAACACAGACACUGACGUUGAUGUCAAAUACUUUGCAUCAGAAGCAAUUGCUGGUAUCGCAGCAUAAAUUGAAACAACAAAAUAGUGAAUAUAUUUACUGCACACCCCAGUGUAGGCAAUAUCAGCUUACCAGGAAUGUAUUACGACCUCAUUGUUUCCAAGGAAAAGUAUACUUGACAAAUUCGUUAAUGAAAAUUUAUCACUUAAGCGAGCCAAGUACCAAUGACGGAAAUAAAAUACAAAAAGAUUUGAAAUUUUAGAAAUCACUUUACACAAUAUUUUUAGUUCUAAUGUAUUUGAAUAUAUAUAUAUUACACUGAAUAUUUAAUAUUUAAUUAAAUUGGUAUCAUGUAUCUCUCGUAAAUACUUAAGUAAGUGUCUUAAUGAAUAUUUAAUAAACAAAAUCACUUUGAA